AUGUUCCGGGGCAAAUUUCAACAGCAACGUCUCUCGAUUUUGUUCAGCUGUGGGAAGUCCCCUCUGGAGCUAUGGGAAAUGCACGUGAAGAACGGCAACAUCAGGCGAGUUGUAGACGAAGAGGUGAUUUCCCUCGCCCUGGAGAUAAUAGGAACCAACGUCUCCACGACGUACAUAUUCUCCCCGAAGAACCCCAGAGGUGCCCUAGGAAUUUGCCUUCCCUUUAUGAUCAUGAUUAUCAAGAAUAUGAAGAGAUACUUCACUUUCGAAAUCACUAUUCUUGACGAUCAAAACAUGCACCGUCGAUUUCGAGCGAGUAACUUCCAGAGUGUGACGCGGGUCCGUCCCUUCGGCAUUUCGAUGCCGAUCUGCCUCGGGCCAGGUUGGAACCAGGUUCAAUUCAACCUCGCGGAGUUCACGCGGCGGGCGUACGGAACGAAUUACGUGGAAACGACGCGUAUGCAGAUCCACGCGAACUGCAGGCUUCGUCGAGUCUACUUCUCGGACAGAUUGUACACCGACGACGAGCUCCCGGAGGAGUACAAGCUGCAGUUUCCGUCGAACAAACCGGAGAAGUCGGAAGGAGGGUCGAAGCAGAGCUCCAAGACCUCCCUGGGGAGGGCCUCGAGGGCUUCCAGGGCUUCUAGGGGUCACGGCGGGGAGUAUGGGGAGUACGGGGAGGAGUCACUGGGGUCGUCAGCCCCUCCGAGGACUCCGGCCAGCUCCGAGGGCUCGGGGAGACUCAGUGUUCAUGUGCCUCUGGGGAGGUACGAGGAGGAGACUGACGAGGGAACUGAGGGGGAGUCUGACGCGGACACCGAGAGGAAGAUUAAGGAGGAAGGAGGAUUGGGAGAAUCCGCUGACCCUCAGGGGGAGCCUCGAGAGAGUGGAGAAGGUGAAGAGACUCUGCAGGAGGCACUCCCUGGAGAUGACGAGGGAGAGGAUGGGGAUGAAGUCGUGGAGGAUGAGGGGAAGAUGACGGAAAAUGAGGUGGAGGUUGAGCUGACUGAAGCGGAUGGAGGGAAUGAUGCGGGUGAACGAGGGGAGGACGAGGAGGAGGGACAACCGAUUGUUCAUGAAGCGCAAAUUGAGGAGAUGAAGGAAUUUUGA